AGAUGCGGAGACACAGGAGCGUCGUCUGAAUGCUGUCAAGGGUAAGAACCUGUUGUAUCUAGCGAGCAACUCAUGGGCCGGGUCCAGUCCCACCUAUAUGGUGGAGAUGAUGGCGGACCUGCGCAAGCGAGGGUUGGUUAUCUAUGGUGUAUUUGAGACACCCACUGAGGAGAAGCCCGAAUGCACAUAUCUAGACCAGCUCAAGUCGGGCAACGCUGUUGAUCACGUUCUCUUCGCAAAAUUGAACUGUGAGGAGGCGGCGGCCAAUGUUUGCGAGGCUGUCAAACAUUUGGACGUAAAGUUCGAUGGUGUAUGGGGCGGUAGAGAACUGAUCCAGCCUGUUGUAGGUGCUGUUGCUGAGAUGCUGGACGCGCCUGGCCGCAACCCAGCACACUCGUACCAAAUGGCCCGUGACAAGUACAAGACACGUGUUGCCCUUGCCAACGCAGGCCUGAACACACCGAUGGCACACCCAAUCAAGACAGUUGAUGAUGUACCAGCAUGUGUCGAAGCGGUCGGAUUCCCAAUGAUCGUCAAACCUACAGCAGGUGCUGGCUCUGAGGGUGUGUACAAAGUGUUCAGUGAGGAGGAGCUCUCGAAUGCUGUGACGACGAUUCUAGAAGAUAUCAAGGGCAACCCAUUGCUAUCUACACAAGGAAUGACAGACUUCUGCCCCAUUAUUGCGGAGACUCUCUUAAUCCCCAUCAUCUACAACGAUCUCAUCCAAGAAUUUGACGUAGAUGUGCUCAUGUCCAAGGGUGAGGCAGUUUAUGCCAACGUCAUCGAUAACUGGAUUCCAGACGCGCCUUACUUCCAGGAUAAGGGAUUCAACUUCCCAUCUCUUGCACCUAAGAACGUGCAAGAAGAGCUUAUUGAAUACUCCAUCGCGUGCGUUAGAGCACUCGGCUUCGUCAAUGGUAACUUCCACGUGGAGUCCAUGUACACUGAGUACGGCCCUGCUCUACUGGAGGUGAAUCCACGAGUGGGUGGUGGCGAGAUCAAUGCUUUCCAUGAGCGUGUGUUUGGCGUGCACCCAAACCUUAAUUUCUUGCUCUCACUCCUAGAUAUCCCCAUCAACCCUCCUCGCUUCGAUGCACCUGCAAUGGGUCGUCUACACCAUUUCAUCAAUGCCCCUGUUACUGGUGUCCUCGAUGGUCUCACAUUCCUAGAUCACUUCGAAGGUCACAAAUACGUGACAAAGAUAGACUACAUAGCCACGGAAGGUGCCAGUGUGCGUGGUAUCGAUACUGGAGUACCACAAUGGCUGGGAGGCGUUGUUUUCGAAUUCCCUGAAGAUCAGAUGUUGACCGCAAUUGAAGAGCUCAAGGAGAUGAUGAAGGUCGCUGAGGACAAUACGCGAAAGCUCAUAACACCUAUCAGCAAGUUCCCGUUACAAAGAAGGAAAUCGAUUGUGCUCGAAGUCGAAGAAGACUUGGAACCAGCGCAAAAGCGCAAGGUCAGAAAGUCCAUCACCAUCGACGAUAUCGAUUUGGAGGAGAUCUUGGCGUUGGAGGCUUCCAUUUCCCAGGCGACUUUACAGUAGAUAUGUACAAUACCUUGCCUUUAUUGAUUGUUAUGCGAAGUUUGAUCGAUUUUGUAAGUCGGGAAUUAAAAAGUUUAUCUUGCAAUUGAUUUGAUCAAAUUGUUACCGAAUACCAAUAUCCGUUUGUAAUAAAAAUGAACAUUCUAGUA